AUGUACCCCUCGCCGAACUCUGCCGGGCGCUCGGACGAAGAGUCGCGACAGCAAAGUAAGCGCACUGCCAGAGCCUGCGAUGCUUGUUAUAAGCGGAAGAUAAAAUGCGACGCGGCGGUGCCGCGGUGUAACUGGUGUAGCCACCAUGAUACCCCAUGUACGUUUGAGCGCAAGAUUCGCCGGACGCGCAAGCGGGCUGGUGUUGCGAGGGAGUCUGCGGCUGCGCCAGGAUCUCACCUUUCGGAACGGAUUGCUAGAAUUGAGAAGCUGCUUUCCGAGAAGCUUCCGCAAGAACAAUCUGCUUCGCCUGUUCCGCAACAUCUGCAGUCUAUGACCAGUGGUCUUACGUCGGACUAUACGCCAAGUCCGCCUUCGAUUUUACCAUCAAUUCAGCAAUCAUCUGCGUCUUCUUCGGUGCCACUGCAUUUCGCCGGGAAAGAACUAGGUGCAAUCAGUUUAUUCACUGGUAUUCCAUUUCUCCUCCCUGAAGGGCAGGAAUGGGUGCAAUCGCGAACGGGCCAGAAGCUUGCGUUUGAAGGAUUCACCUCGACCCGGGCUCCGUGGGAAAAGCAACGAGGGCAAAAUUCCGGUACCAUGCUGGCACACAUCCAGGCACCGAACGCCUUUGACCUUCCCGAUCGCGAUCUUGUUCAGUUGAACUUCGAUGUUUAUCGCACCUCCUUGAUGCAGCGAGUCUUUCCGGUUGUUGACCCGGUGCUUUUCUGGAUGACUAUCAAUUCUGCGUACAAGGAGCGUGAUUCCGGCUCUGACAGUUCGCAGGUCAGUUCAAAGGCAUGUAUCUUCGCCUUUGCAGCGUUUGUAUCGAUGCUGUGCAAUCCGUGUCUCCUAAGUCAAGGGCGGAAAAUGCCUUACUUCGAUGAGGAAGCCUGUGCGGUGAAAGCGCGGUACCUUAUAUGUCAGGUUUUACAGGAGCCUCCUACGUUAGACGGCUUACAGGCUGUUACAAUGUUGGCAUUGCUGGAACUGGUCUCCGGCAACUUACAGUCUGCAAAUUACUACGGGUCAAUAUCAGCUCGCAUGAUAUUCAUGCUUGGAGGUCAUAUCUUCACCAACCAACAAUCUUGGAUACCGAGGUCAUCGACAGAUACCGAUUCGAGGAUCAAGGCGCACCUCCGGAAUUUGUUCUGGCUCUGCUAUACCAUUGAGCAGGACGUCUCUUUGAGAACGGGACAACCACAGCUCUUUUCCGAGGACAACUGCGACCUGUCACUGCCCCCGGCCUACGUAGAGCAAAUGUACGACAGUCUAGAAUACCACCAUAACUCCACCGACCUACCCGAGAACCCAAUAUUUCCCAUCGACCUGCGGCUCAGUGUCAUCAAGGCGCGAGCAUACAGCGCCCUUUACUCAUUCAAAGCGAUGAAGAAGACCGACGCGGAAAUCCUAAAGGACAUCCGUGAACUAGACGACGAGCUUGAGCGCUGGCGCCUUUCCGUCCCCCCCAAAUGGAGACCAACCCUGUCCUUCUCUCACGAAACCCCCGACCCAAACUGCAACAUGCACUCCGUAAUUCUCCGUCUCAACUACCACCUCUGCAUGACCAUCAUCCACCAGGCAAGCAGCCGCUGCAAGUCAUGGGCCACGCAAGGCUGCGUCAUGGACGGUGUAAGCUCCAGUCUUGCACUCUCCGUCGAGGCAAGCCGCUCCACCCUCCUCUACCUCGAGACAUCCGGACACGUCCUUGUCGAUGGUGUUUUCUGGACCCUAAUAUUCUACCCCAUGUCCGCCCUCCUCGCCAUCUUCUGCAACAUCCUCCAACACCCCGCAGAGCCACAAGCAUCCAAGGAUCUGGCCCUCCUCAAGAACGCAACAGGGAUGCUAGAGCGUGUCUUCCUACGCCAGGCAUUUUCAGUCAGCGAACUCGUGCACGUCCAGCUAGUGGCGGAUUUCGUGAAUGAGCUCUGUCGACUGGCGACUUGUGCUAUGGAUAAGGCCUGGAAGGAGCGUACUAGUGGGACUGCUACGCCGACUACUUAG